GAUCUAACUGACCCUGAAAAACCCUCAGUCAGCACUGUCAGAUCCCUUGCGUCCACUGUUGGCUCUCAAAGGUUACUAAAAUUUUAGCAGCUGCUGUGAAUCAAACCUAACCUUCACCUGCUGUUGCUUCUCCCCACACCCCACUGCGCUGCUGCUUUGCUCUUGCUCGCUUCAGAACUUCCUAAGGGGGUUUCUUUUUUAAACACCCACAAUGAAACUUAGGCUAGACGUGUGUAGCGUUCUCUUGCUGCCCGUGUACGUGUUGAUCUCCCUGUACAGUGUGCUGGUAUUUAUUCCCUGGUAUUUUCUCACCAAUGCCAAGAAGAAAAAGGCUAUGGCCAAACGGUUAAAAGCUAAACCCACCUCGGACAAACCUGGGAGCCCCUACCGCUCUGUCACCCACCUGGACUCCCUGGCACACAUCAACAUUCCCGGAGCGGACACCCUGGACAAGCUGUUUGACCACGCUCUGGCAAAGUUUGGCAAGAAGGACUGUCUUGGAACCAGGGAAAUACUGAGUGAGGAAAAUGAAAUGCAGCCAAACGGGAAAGUGUUCAAAAAGUUAAUUUUAGGAAGUUACAGAUGGCUGUCCUAUGAAGAAGUAAAUGAGAAAAUGACUCGCCUGGGGAGUGGACUGACUGCCCUGGGACUGACCCCCAAGAGCACUGUUGUCAUAUUCUGUGAGACCCGAGCAGAAUGGAUGAUUGUAGCCCUGACCUGCUUCAAGUACAACUUCCCUCUUGUCACUCUGUAUGCCACGCUGGGUGAAGAGGCAGUGACCUACGGUCUCAACGAGUGUGGAGCAUCAUAUCUGGUCACGAGUGUGGAGCUGCUUGAGAGCAAACUUAAGACUGCACUGCCACAAGUCUCCUGUCUGAAACACAUCAUUUAUGUGGACAAGAAGACCAUCAAUAAAUCAGAAUACCCUGAAAACGUGGAGAUUCAUAGUAUGCAGACAGUGGAAGAGCUGGGAGCCAAACCAGAAAACUCAAGCAUUCUGCCAAGCAGACCUGUUCCCACAGACUUGGCUUUAGUAAUGUACACCAGUGGCUCUACUGGGAGACCCAAAGGAGUGAUGAUGCAGCAUAAAAACUUAAUUGCUGGAAUGACAGGACAGUGUGAGAGGAUACCUGGACUGGGCCCCAAGGACACUUACAUUGGCUAUUUGCCUCUGGCCCACGUGUUAGAACUGACAGCAGAAGUUUCCUGCAUCACCUACGGCUGCAGGAUCGGAUAUUCCUCCCCACUCACGCUCUCGGAUCAGUCAAGUAAAAUUAAGAAGGGAAGCAAAGGAGACUGUACUGUACUUAAGCCUACACUGAUGGCAGCUGUGCCUGAAAUAAUGGACAGAAUUUAUAAAAAUGUCAUGAGUAAAGUUCAGGAGAUGAACUACAUCCAGAGAACUCUGUUCAAGAUAGGCUAUGACUACAAACUGGAGCAGAUCAAGAGGGGGUACGAUGCACCUCUGUGUAACAUACUAUUGUUUAAGAAAGUGAAGGCCCUGCUGGGGGGGAAUGUGCGUAUGAUGCUCUCUGGAGGAGCACCGCUCUCCCCUCAGACACAAAGAUUCAUGAACAUCUGCUUUUGCUGUCCUGUUGGCCAAGGCUAUGGACUCACAGAGACCUGUGGAGCUGGAACCAUUACAGAAGUUGCUGAUUACAGCACUGGCAGAGUUGGAGCUCCUCUUAUUUGCUGUGAAAUAAAACUGAGAGACUGGCAAGAAGGGGGUUAUACUAAUAAAGACAAGCCUAAUCCUAGAGGAGAAAUUGUAAUUGGUGGACCUAAUGUCUCCAUGGGAUACUUUAAAAAUGAAGAGAAGACAACAGAAGAGUUUUCCAUUGAUGAGAACGGUCAGAGAUGGUUCUGUACAGGAGACAUUGGGGAAUUUCAUCCCGAUGGGUGUCUGCAGAUCAUAGAUCGUAAGAAAGACCUGGUAAAGCUACAAGCAGGAGAAUAUGUCUCUCUGGGCAAAGUAGAGGCAGCACUGAAGAACUGUCCACUGAUUGACAAUAUCUGUGCUUAUGCCAAAAGUGACCAGUCCUACGUGAUCAGUUUUGUGGUUCCUAAUCAGAAGAGGCUGACAGCUUUGGCUGAGCAGAAGGGCAUCAGUGGAACCUGGGUGGACAUUUGUAACAAUCCUACAAUGGAAGCAGAAAUCCUGCGAGAGAUUAAAGAAGUGGCAAACAAGAUGAAAUUAGAAAGGUUUGAAAUCCCCAUCAAAGUUCGGCUAAGCCCUGAACCCUGGACCCCGGAGACUGGGCUGGUAACAGAUGCUUUCAAGCUGAAAAGGAAAGAACUGAAAAACCAUUACCUCAAUGACAUCGAACGAAUGUACGGAGGCAAAUAAAGCAGCUCUGGUGGCCAGGCAGUUGUGCAGAUGGUUCUUCUCCUGCCUCAGUUCUGGAUGUCUGUGUAUACUGUAGAUAUCACACAUUCAAAAAACACACCAAAUAGAUGACUUUCUGUAAUCUCUAUCGAGUAAGACAGAAAAUCUUAGACUCCAAAUUCGUAAUUAUUAGAGAUUAGACACUGAUGGUCUCCAUAGAGUUUCAUGUGAUAAUCUCCAGUUUCCAGACAGACAUCACUAUGUGAAGCAGUAUGACCAGGUAAUUUUAUUAUUAUUGUUUCUCCAGCAUAUUCAGACUGCUUGCAACUUCUGUUUAACUCCUGCUGAAGUAUGAUCUGUGUUUCAAAGAGUUAAAAAUAAUGUGAUUGUGGUGAUUCUUCUGUCAUAAUAAGACACUUAGCAAAGGAGGCAAGAGGAGUAUCUAAUGUCUAUCCCUUUCCAUUUAAAAACAAAACCAACAACAUUAGUCAAGAACUUGUUAGAGAUCCCUAAUAACACAUUGCUUGAGAAUGGAUGAGUUCUUCUGCACAUCAGUAUCUUGAUUAUUUACAGUGCCUACAAAAGAAUAUAAAGUACACUUACUGAAAUAAAGGUGAACUGAAAAGCUUUCUAAAACCAAGUUAUAUGAAAUUUCAUCCAAGACCAUUGAAUUAACUUUCAGCUCCCAACUCACCAAACAGAUUUUACUUGAUGCUGGUUUUUAAUUCAAGCAGAGCUUUCCACUGGGACACAGCGUAGAAGAAAACAAAGACUUGUGCUGCUCCAGGGGGUAACUGGUGAGAAAUCAGUGCCCAAAUGCAGGAUGCACAACUUGCAUCUGGGCUGGCAAACAGCACUGAAACUGAGGGCAGUGGUGUCUAAAGGGACGUGAAACUCAGAGGAGUUUGGGUGGGUUUUAUUGAGAGUGAUUGGUGGUUUUGUUUUCAAGGCACUGAUCCUCUAGACCUUCACAUGGUACAGGUCACCUGUACAGAAUUUAGAGGCUCAGGUUUUAAAUGUCUGGAUCUGCUCUAUAGAAAGGUAUUUCUGUUCACCUUUGAACUGUGGUAAGCUUAACAAGGCAACCAGAAACCAACUGUAGUUCCCCUAUCUAGUGUUGUUGUUUUACUUACAGAAAAGUAGUUUGUGGCCAGGGAAUUUUUGUUUUAUGGAACUUGUAAAAAGGGACAAAUCACUCUUUACAGAAAUUCAUUAUGAAAAUGUUCUCUUAUUAACUGGAAGUCAGAGAUGUGAAAGAGUGGGAAGAUAUAAUUUAAUAAUGCUUCAUAAUUUUUUUGUGCCGAAUUCUGUACUGUGUCUUCUUUUGAAUUGUAACUGAGCUCCUGCAUCCCUGCCAGCUCUUCACACUUGAACCAUAAGUGCUGUAAAAAGUGAAGGCUCUUGAUACUGUUCUACUUUGCACUUUCUUAGUCAUUUUAUAUAUGUUGCUUACAUUUUGUACAGCUGUGGCCCUCAACUGCUAUAUAUUCCAAAUUCACUUGAAAGUAUAUAUAGAUUUCUAUUCAUAAUAUUUGUGUUGUGUAUAUGAUGGUUAAAAAGAAAAACUAUUUGGUAUUGUCACUGUACAGAAAGUAAAAGAUUUUGUACAACGCUUGUCGAACACACGAGCUUGCAACUUCAGGGUAAGCUUUUUCUUUCGUUGCAUGUAUGUGUAUUUUUCUUUUUUCCCAGUUAAAAUAGGCUUUGGCAAAAAUAAAUCAUGGCUAUAUACUCCUCAGCUGAAUCAGCCCUCCUCCUGGGGACCAACUUGAAACUUCCCAAGGCAUAACUUUCUCUGCCUAGACCAGAACACUGCCAGCUCAUCUUCUGAGAACCCCGAGGGGAAGGAGGAAAAGAAAACGGUAUAGAAAGCUGACUGCAUCCAGUUGUGCAUGGAACUGCAAGAGUCACUCAAAGGAACAAGGAAAUAGCUUUUCUAAAACAAUUAAAUUUUUUUUUUUUUGAAGACAUACAUUUGGUUUACAACAACAGGAAUUACUUCCCAUAUCAGUAGCAACUUUUCGAAUUACCCGGUCCUGGAGCCAGGUUACCAAUUUUUCUGUGUUAAAAAAUGGUCACUAUUAAACAGCCUUUAGUCAGCCUGUCAGCAUCACAAAAGUGAAGUACAUAUAAGAAAGAUGCUUGCACUUGAGUCUGUCAGCAGGCUACAAGACUUUUUUUUUUUAUUUUUUUUAAAGCCAUGAAUGUAUUUAUAUGAAAUGUAUUUUAUCUUCUGUGUCUUGGUUGACUGAGGAUUGCUAUUUUAAAAAAAUAUACAUACACAAUGUUAACAUUUCAAAAGUGGAAUACAACUUAAAUGGUUCAACAAGUUUGUGUUCUGGCAGAUCUUUCUGUGUUGCA